CCGCCACCGCCCCCCCGUCUGGGUCUGGAAGCGCCCCCGAUCUGGAAGUGUAAUUACGGUCAUAAUUCACCGGAGCAAGUGCAACCACAACAGCAACAGGAAAAGCAAAAAACGGAUACAGUAACAACGGAUUCGCAGGAAUCGCCGCGGGGAAACAACAACCACACCCCCCAAGGAAGACCAUUGGAGAGCGGAAAACUAAUAGAGAUUUCUGAAGUACUCGAUCGAAUUGUGAAAAUGUGUUGCAAAUCAAGCGGCAAGUGGAAACCUUGUGGGCCGUCUCCAUCUCCAUCUCCCAAUAGACAGCAGCAGCAGCUGCCACCAGAAUCAGCAUCCAAAUUGAGUCGGCAAACACAUUGGAGAACAUUUCGCGUCCCUAUUCUAGUACUGAUCCUGCUCUCGAUGCUCCAACUGCAGACGGCUGCCGCCGGAGUCGGGGAUAGUCUCCAUGGCGAUCUUCUGUCCUGCUCGGUCGAGGGAGAGGAGGUUCUGACGGGUAUCCAGAAUUCCAAGUGCUUUAAGUGCAUCUGCCAGAAUGGCUUUGUGAAUUGCGCCAAGAGCUGUCCGGCCAUCGACGAUUGCUACUUGCUGGAGUCCAAGCUGGAGUCGAGCGACCCUUGUUGUCGCAAGUGUAAAGGUUGCAUCUUUCGUGGGCUGCCUUAUGAGAGUGGCGCCGAGUGGAGCGACCCGGAGGAUCCCUGCAAAACGUACAAGUGCAUCGCCAGUGUUGUCACCGAGACAAUACAGAAGUGUUAUUCACAGUGCGACGACAACCAGCUACAGGCACCGCGCCCUGGCGAGUGCUGUCCUUCCUGUCAGGGUUGCAAGAUCAACGGACAGACGGUCGCCGAGGGCCAAGAGGUCGUCGCCUCGAUCGACGACCGCUGCUUGGUCUGCCAUUGCGGCGACAACCAGUUGACCUGCGCCAAAAAGACCUGCCCCAUUCUGCAGUGCCCCAAGACGAAGCAGAAGCAGCACCCGAACGAGUGCUGCCCCCGCUGCACGGAGCAGCGCGUCUUCAUACCAGUGACAGGAAAGUGCAUCUUUAACAACAAACUCCACUAUGACAAAACGCAGUUCAUGCCGGACCGAUGCACCAACUGCACCUGUCUUAACGGCACAUCCAUCUGCCAGCGGGCCACGUGCCCCAUCCUGGAGUGCGCGCCAGAGUUCCAGGAGGACGACGGCUGCUGUCCCCGCUGUGCGGUGGCCGAGGUGCGGAGCGAGUGCAGCCUGGAGGGGAUCAUCUACAAGAACAACGAGACGUGGAACAUGGGCCCCUGCCGGAGCUGUCGCUGCAACGGAGGCACGAUCCGCUGCUCGGAGAUGCGCUGUCCGGAGGUCAAAUGCCGGGCCAACGAGGAGCUAAAGCUGCCGCCGGGCGAGUGCUGCCCCAGGUGCGUGGAGACUGCGGGCACCUGCACAGUGUUCGGGGACCCGCACUUUAAGACCUUCGACGGAAAGUUUUUUAGCUUCCAGGGCAGCUGUAAGUACCAGCUGGCUGCUGACUGCCACGGGCACAGCUUCCACAUCCGGUUGACGAACGACGGGCGUGGCACGAAGCGCUCCAGCUGGGCCAAGACAGUGACUCUCAAGCUGCACAACCUGCGCAUCAAUCUCGGCCAGAAGCUGCGCGUCAAGGUGAACGGGACGCGGGUGAUGCUACCCUACGUGGGCCGAGCCGGCGACCAGAACGUGACCAUCGGUCGGCUGGCCGAGGACGGGGCUGUCCUGCUGCGCUCAGAGAUGGGCCUUGCCAUAGAGUGGGACGGAAGCGGUUUCCUCCAGGUCUCGGUGCCUGCCCACUUCAAGCACCGGAUGUGCGGCCUGUGCGGCAACUUCAAUGGCAGCGGGCGCGACGAUCUCACAGGACGCGACGGGCGCCCGCACGGCGACGACGAGGUCUGGCACUUUGCCAACUCCUGGAAGGUGGGGGGCCCCAAGUCCUGCUCCCGCCAGCGCGAGAACAUCGCCGCCCUGCCCACGUGCAACAAGCGCCGGUCGAGCUUCUACUGCCAGCCGCUGCGCAUCUCGGAAGUAUUCGGACACUGUGAUAGUAGGCUUAAUCCCAUCAACUACAUCGACUCCUGCCGCAUGGACGUCUGCGAGUGCCCGUCGGGCAGCUGCCACUGCGACAGUUUCGCGGCCUACGCUCACGAGUGCCGCCGCCUUGGUGUCCAGCUGCCUGAUUGGCGGAGCUCCACCAACUGUCCCGCCGGCUGGAGACGGAAUGCCACACUCGCGAACUUCCUGGACAACGAACUGAACAAAGAAUUGGAGACGCUGCGUCUGGGGAGUCACGGAAGGAAGUUAAGUGAGGCAAGCACUCCCAGCAGUCCAAAGCAGUUGCCAAGGGCCAGCACUCCAGCAUCCAGCACUCCGACCUCUCACGAGAGGCAAAAACAGAGUCCACCCAAUCAGAGCCAGAGUCUGGCUGGCGUCGAAUUACGAGGCACUGUCCCAAUCCCAAUACCCGCCGGAGAUGCGAUGGCAGAACGGAGUGCACAAGCCUGUCUGUAA